AUGUCAACGUUUCCAUUGGCUGCAGGUUCUACUGCGUUCUCGGUUGAGUUUAUAUUGCACACUAGUUCUGAGUCGCAGCUUAUUGACAAAUCAAACCCCGAUACUCUGACGUCAUCUAACUUCAAUGAAUCUUAUCUCAGUAAGUUCAUUAUCCAUGGGUGGAUGGAAAGCUACAAUACCACGUGGGUUCAGGAUAUGAAGAAUGAACUAUUGCAUCACGGAAACUAUAAUAUCGUUUUGGUUGAUUGGGAGGAAGGCGCUAAUAAUCCGCGCUACAAACUUAGUGCCGAUAAUACUGAUAGGACCGGCGCAGAAAUUUACCAUUUUAUCAAAUUUAUUCAGAAUGUCUAUGUUGGUUACUCGGAAAGUCGUGUCCAUCUCAUUGGUUUCAGUCUGGGUGCGCAAGUGUCUGGCGCAACUGGUAUGCGCAUGCCCACUAUAGCCAGAAUUACAGGACUUGAUCCCGCUGGUCCAGGUUUUGAUAACCAUGGUGACAGUCGAAAAUUAGAUUCCAGCGACGCACAGUUUGUAGAUAUUAUUCACGUUGAUGGUGAUGUCACUGGAGGUGUUGGAUGCUGGUAUCCGAGUGGUCACGUGGAUUUCUAUCCCAAUGGUGGACAAUCUCAACCAGCUUGCAGGCUAUUGGCUGAUGACGGUGACGUUUCAUUGAUUGACCCAAGUAGCUGUGAUCACGGCAUGGCACCGCAGUACUUUAUCGAAUCCAUCAACACGGACUGUGAGUUUGAAGCUUACCCAUGCACCCAUGGUAAAAAAUGUUACUCGUGCGCAAGUGGGUGUAAUCGCAUGGGAUUUCACGCUUUCCCACAUACCACUGGUAUAUUCUACUUGGAAACCAAUUCUGAGAAGCCAUACUGUAAUAAGCCAGUUGUAUAG